UAUAUUUCCCUUAGCCAACAUACGGUCACAUUGUACAAAAGUUCGCAUACAUGCUGAUUCUUUAGUGCAGAGUGCAGGAAGAUUAUCAGAUUAACAAGAACUGAAAGAUCUUACAACAAAUUUUAAGUCACAGUCGGAUGUGAUAGGAACAUGCAGCAGUUAAAGCCUGACUAUGAAUACACAUGUAUGUAUCAAAUGUAAAAAUAUAUCCCUGCUCAAACAGUUGCAAGGAAUCAAUAAUUAUAAUAAUAAAACCAUGUCUACUGUAUCUGCAAUCAGAGGAUUAAUAGGACACAGUAAACUAACCAGAAGUUGUAAUACAUCAGCUUUUUCUACCUCAUGUAGAAUAUCAGUUACCAGAUUCAAUGUAAAUGGAAAACAAAAGUGGACUUCAAAUUCAGUAUUGUCAGUAUUUAUACCUGUGUUGGGAGCACGAUUCAGGACAGAUGUCUUGCCAUUGAUUGGUGUAAGAAAAAUCAGUACAGGACCUGAUGCCAUCUUACCUGCUGGCCAGGUAGACAAACACAAUGGUUUGACUGUUGACCUCAGUGACCUAUCUCAAGAUUGUAGUGAUUUACAAUUCAACUCUCUACUUACUGAAUCUUUAUUAAAGUGGAGAAGAGAAGGAAGAUCAUGUAUAUGGUUAAAAGUACCAAUUCAUAAAAGUGCAUUAAUAUCCACUGCUGCUAAUUCUGGUUUUCUAUUCCAUCAUGCUGAACACCAGAUGUCACUGUUAAAGUUAUGGCUGAAUACCAGUAGUGAAGAUAGAACACCAAGAUUUGCCACUCAUCAAAUAGGAGUCUCAGGGAUGGUUUAUAGAGAAGAAACAAAAGAAAUUUUAGUUGUAAAAGACAAAAAUAGUCAGUUUUCGUACUGGAAGUUUCCUGGAGGGUUGUCUGAUUUAGAAGAGGAUAUAGCUGACACUGCAGAAAGAGAAAUUUUAGAAGAAACAGGGAUAAAGGCAGAGUUCUUGUCGAUCUUGGCCUUCCGUCAGCAACAUCAGCAACCAGGAGCCUUUGGGCGAUCAGAUAUUUUUGUUGUAUGUAGAUUGAAACCUCUGACGUUCGAUAUUAUGCAUUGUGAAAAUGAAAUCAGUCAUUGCAAAUGGAUGAGUUUGGAAGAACUACACGCCAAUACGACAGACAUUUCACCAAUUACCCACAGAAUGUGUCAGAUUAUGUUACAUGGUAUACAACAUGGAUUUGAUAACGUCGAUAUAAGGUUUAAGGAAAUGAAGUCGGUUUAUAAGGGUCUGAAGUAUAAAUUGUAUCAUAGACCUCUACCUUAACAUUUAACUAUAAGUCACAAGUCUUCCACAGUUUGUAUUUAAGAGGCAUUAUAAUAAACUAUUUAUUUAAGAACAAC